UGUGGUUAGCGGAGGAGGAGAAUGGAACAGCCUAUUGUUGUGUAGGAUGUAGGCGCUGAUCGAGACUAGUGUGAGAAGUCAGUGCUUCAAUCAUGACCACGGAUGUACAAGGACGUACUUUUACUCCAACAUGAAUUUACUCUGUUUUUCUGUGAUUCUACUUGUUGCCUGCGCCGAUUCCGAAGCACCGGUGUGCUGCUCGAAGCUGGGACGACACACAACAUGCAAGUACUACUGUCAGCAGUUGCUGAGAGAGGGGACGUAUGUCCAGCAGAUGAAGCAGGUGUUGACGGCAGCGGAGCACUGUCCCUAUGACCUGGAUGAGUUUUGGCAGUGUGUCAACAUCAGUGUCCCAGUGAUGCGGCAACUGGAACAGUGGUCGGGACGACCUUGUUGUGACCUCGCGAUGACCUCCGCUUGCAAGCAGACAUGUCAAAGGGCCCACUCCAUGAAGGACAUCGACUCCACCCACUGCGAUCGGAACACGGAGAAGUCACUCUAUAAAUGUCUACACCGACACAGCGUGGGAAACAAGUGUUGUCAUCAGUCAGUGCGGGACAGCUGCAGCAUCGUCUGUCACAGCUUCUUCCUGUUGGGGUCAACGACGGCCAGAGCAAACCGUGACGUGGUGUACCGACAUUGCAAGGGGGGAAGUCUGCCAGUGGCCAAGUGUGUCCAGAACCAGACCCGCUCGGCCAGAGCCAGCAUCCCUCAAGACAACAUACCUUGCUGUCAGAAAGCCAAAACGCAGAAGUGCCAAGAGGAGUGUGAGAGAGUGUUGAAGACGUCCUUGACGGAUGACGAGAUGGUAGAGGCCCUCAUCAAAACCUGUGACUCCCCAGACAUGCGGGAUCCCUUGUGGCAGUGUUUCCUGUCUCCCCCAGUUACCAAGAAGAAUGAGACCCAGCCUGCCACCGCCUUCGAUAGUGCAAGACUCCAGUGCUGUGCCAAAGCAUCUUCGGAUCGCUGUAGGGAGCUUUGCACACAUACGUACACAAAGAGCUGGACGAAGCACGGAUCCGAGUUUGACAAGAGUUGUUCGUUUAUCCAGCCUGUCUCUGUACUGGAGGCCCCCAUGCACAACUGUCUGCAUGAUGUUGAUGAACCCUGCAAACUUGGGUGCAGCCAGCUGGAGUUCUGCACCAACUUCAACUUCCGUCCAACCGAGCCCUUCCGGUCGUGCACCAGGUCAGCGGACGAGAGUGCACGCAAGACGAUCGAGAUCUGGCAGAAGGGGAUCAUCUCCCUGCCCCAGAUGACCAUCCCAGUCAAAGAUAUCCGUGAGUGUGAGCCGGAGUUGUGGAAGGCCAUCGCUUGUGCUGUUCAGAUCAAACCCUGCCACUCCAAGCCCAGCCCUAUCUCAAUCUGUCAGGAGGACUGCAUCUACAUCCUCAACAAGUGCGUGGACUACACACGUCUCAACAGCGACCAGAGCGUACCCCAGCUGUGUCACCCGCUGCCUAAACUCUCGGACCCAGGGGCCUGCACGUCAGUCACCAGAUACCUCACGGAAAGUGAGCAUGUGUCGAAGUCGUGGGAGGUGACCAGCCCGUGUCGCCCCAACCCGUGUCGGUCUCGGGAGCUGUGUCUUGUCCGCCGCAGGAAGUGUAAACACAAGGACAAUUGCAAACCUUAUAUAUGUAAAUCAGCCUGCCUGCUGGGACACGUGUCCAGCUUCCUUGUCCCCCACGGAGCCUACGUCCGGAUCCCGGACCAGCAGACUAGCACGCGCAGCCAGCAGUGCUUCAAGGCGUGCCGCUGCGGCCACCGCAGGGAGGUCGGCAACUGCUCUCCCCUCACAUGCUUGCAGAACAAGAACUGCAACAUGGGACCCGGACAUAUCAAAGAUCAUGGCAGCCAUUUUGUGGUUGAUGGAAGCAACUGUAUCUGCAACGCUGGUCACCUGAUCUGUGCCCGCCGGACAUGCUCAGUGGACCCUGGUCUCACGGCCGGUCACUACACAGGCAUGCCAGGCAACUGCCCUGCCACCUACCAGCCGAUGUGUGGAGGAAACGGAAAGACUUUCCCCAACGCCUGCCUCGCCAAGUGUGCGGGACUACAGGAGAGUGAUCUACAGAUUGGCGUGUGCAGCACCAUCGACCCGUGUCAGAAUGAUCCAUGUGGGGAGGGGCUUAGAUGUGUUGCUAGGCGACAAGUCUGCAUCACCGGGAAGAACUGUCUACAACACGAGUGCAUUCCUGCAACCGACUUCAACAACUGCAACAACCACAUCCACGACCCUGUGUGCAACACUCACGGAGAGGAGUUCACCAAUGCCUGUCUCCUGUACUCCCACGGACGGAAACUAGCCUAUAGGGGGCACUGUAUGACGAACUGUGCAGAUUCGGGUACCGUGUGCGGCCACAACGGGGAGACCUACCCCAGCGAGUGCGCUGCUUUGGCCGACCGUGUUACCAUGGACUACCGCGGGGAGUGCCGCGCCUUCGGGAACCUCACAGCUAAUUCACCGAAGACAAGCACCUGCGCCCACAUCAAGUGUCCAGAGCUUCGACCAAAACACUGUCACGGAGUUACACCUCCUGGCGCCUGUUGCCCUAUCUGUGCCGCCGAGCUCCAAGCGCUGUUUGACCCGCGAGUAGCUGAGUUUGCUGCCAAGGAGAUGGGUGGUGGUCCUAUGAGUGUCACUGUCCUCCUCAACAUGCUGUCCGACCACCUGAUGGUAGCAGAGUGCGAUGUGUUUGGAUAUCUUGGUGUAGAUGGCGCUCUCAUCAUCCUCAUCGCCCCGGUAACGCAGGACCCAACAGAACUCCAGGUUGAAGCUUGCAUUAGCGAAGCUCGGAGGUUGGAGGAUCUCAUUCGAACAGGAAGUCCGACGCUGAUGUCCUACCUGACCUUGACCCCUUUACUCCUUGCCCCAAUGAGAGCUCCGCGUCUCGGCCGUGUCAACACUGCAGCCAUCUUGUCUCCUGCCUCCUUAUCAGUUCUGGUUGCCAUGACAAUACUAACAUUAAUAGUCACACGAACAAAGUUGUGAUGACUCUAAGAAUCUCAAAAAUUCUAUUUUUGUUUCCAUGUUUGAAAAAAUACAACAUUAUUUGAAGUUGUGACCAUGAUGCCAACAAACAAUGUUGCUAAGCAACCAUCUAAACGACACCUGGUGUUUUUUAUUGAAGGUGUUUCUUCUUUAGCCUUGUCCAUUUCUUGGAGGAAUGGAUGAUGAAAAAAUUCUGGUCAAAGACAAAUGUGAUCUAUAGUUAAGGGUCUGUUUGGGAGAAAAACUUACACAGCAAGUUGAAGGAAACAGUUCAUCAAUGGAGAAAACCCUAACAGACCCUCUGAAAAAGGUUACCUUAAGGAUCUGCACAUUCAAAUUCAGGGAUUAGAGUCAUGUGAAGCUUGCCAUAUAUUAAAAUGGUGGGCUGUCAUGUGAAAAACAUUCACAUUUUGUAAAAUGUGUUCAGUCAGAGAAAGGGCACUAGUACAAGUGGUGACAGUUUUGUAGCUUUAGAGGAGAAAUACAGCGUUCUUUGAACACCGUAAGAAGAUGUUGUGCCAAAACAGGACCUUUCGGGACGAUGUCCUGCAGUGUGGCAAAAUGACGAAUCUUCCGCUCUGGACUUCGAAACAAGUUGUCAUGUGAAAUUGUCAUGUGACUCUACAAAUGGUCGUGUGAAUCGCCAAGUUACAUUGUCAUGAGACAUUAAGUAGUCGUGUUACACAAGUGACCAGGCGACAUUUAUGAACUCAGUCAUAUGACUCUUCAAGUGGUCAUGUGAUGUUUCUGUGUGAAGGUUGUUGGGGAUGUAGAAUGAUUGGAAGUGAUAGUAGUUCUCAGGAGGCGUCAUAUGGCCUCACAUACCCCUACACUGGAGAUAUUGCUAUAACGAUAUAUUGCGAUGUACCAAAGGUCUCCUUAACGAGAAGCUAUACUCUAGAGGUAGCUGUUGACCGUCAGUAUGUGAUAUUUCAGUCUGUGUGCUCGUUCUGUAUUAUGGGAUGUAUAUAUGUCUUUACUUUCCGUCGUAGUGGCAUAUUUAGUGCUAUGAGGAGUUGUCUCCCCUUACCCCACAUUAAAUUUGAUGUCAUUUAUUUUAUUUUUUUAGAAUUAUUUUUUUUAUACAUUUUGAUUUUUUUUCAGUUAUUUAUACCAUGUAGCUUCCCUUACUUGACCUGAUACAUUAGUGAGUUAACAUUUUAAAGAUGAACAAUAAAUAACUGUCCCAGCAUCACUGUAUCCCCUGGUGGUAGAUGGUGUAAGGGGAGACAAUUCUACCAUGAUUUAUCUGACUAUGAGAGCAACCCACACCUGUAUUGACCUGUCCCCAUGUUGACAGUAUCUGUUGAAGAAUCAGUAUUCCUAAAACUACUUACCACAUAUCAGAUCUAUGUCUCGGUUGUCAUACGGUUGAUGUGAUCUCUUAAAUUCUACUCCCCUAAGGAAAAUGCAAGAACAACGAAAAAUUGCAUCUCACCUUUAACUCUUGUGUAAUAAUCCUAACCCUAGUAAAUUAUGUUAAUCCUACCCUACUGACUGCUGUGAAUGUGUGAAGUUUGUGUGUGUGAAUGUGUGAAUGUUUCAGGUUUGAGUGUGUGAAUGUGUGUUAGAAAGGUAUAUUCAUUGUUUACUUAGUGUAAUGUACAAAGCAACACCUUUUGCCAUGUUUUUUGUCUUUGUUGCCAUGGUUAUCACUGUUGCUAUGGUUCUUCUUUCUGUAACCAUAGUUUUUUAACCGUUUGCUUUCCAUUAUUCCCAUGGUGACAACCGUUUGUAUUAUGAAAACUGAAUCAAAAUCAACUCUAGUUCUUCUGCACUAGUGGUACUUGCUAAAGUAAUUACCUUAGAUUUUUAAUAACCAUGGUAACAAGGUCAUAGAAUUAGCAGACAUGUAUCAGAGAUAUAUUUUUGUGAAUCUCAUUAGAUUGGUUACCAUGUCAACCUGAAUAUUGGCCAAUGGAAUGCAGUGUAUUGAUCUGAACAGAACUACUUCUAAUGUACGUCACUCCAAUUUGGACAAUUUCAUUUAAUAAUACUUCCAGGAAAACACUGUCCAUUCACAGAAAACUGAAAUCUUUUUAUCAUUUUAAUACAUUGUUUGUGUAAACAAAAGAGUAAUUAAAUAAUGCCAGAGUGUUGUAUGUUGCUGGGAUGACUCACCAUUAGAGAAUAGUUCUGUUCUUGAAUGGCAUAAUUCUAUUUCGGUCGGCGUACCCCCCGGACCCCAGCCUAUGUGUGCUUGUUGCUAUUACUCCUUUUUGUUUGUUGCUUUAUAUUUAUCUUUCAUGAUUUUGUGUUAUUGCAUAAUUUAACCCAAACCAACAGUUCUGGAUACUUGUUACGAUGGUUGUAAGAUUUAUACUUUGUUUUUGAAUCUGUUUUGUUUCAAUCAUUAACGACACCAAAUAUUGCCAAGACUACUAAAAUGCUGCCGCCAAAUGGAUUGUAUCGGUAGUGAUAGACUUAUGAGUGAGUGAGUGUUUUCAGUUUUACUCAGUGUGUAAAUCAUUUAGUAAAACUUCUGCCCGUAACCCCUGCCUCGACAUUUACAAAAAUCCUAACCCUGGCAAGAAGUAUUAAGAAAUUAUUUGUGUAGUGUUUGGGUAAGGGUUAUGUUGCCCUAACCCAGGCAAAAUUUGAAGCAUGGGUUUCGGUCGGAAAUAUUUACAGUCAUUGUAUUUCCUUAUCAUGCCAAAGAUAAUUGCUUGCUCUAGUUCCAAUCAUGCUUUAUAUUUAAAUUCUUGUGUUGGCUUCAAGAUACGUUUUCUGAAGGAUAAACUAUGAAGUGAGACAGCUUGACAAACCACAAUAAUAUUUAAAUAGUUUAGACCAUGGCCUGCCAUGACUCUCAUAGAGUUACCUCCCUUUGCAGUGUUCUGGUCAGCCUGUGCAUGCGUGUGACCUCGGUUUACAACAGUGACUGGCGGCCAGACUGUCACAAGGCAGGGAACUCAUGCUUUGACGCUUUAGUUGUUGACUUUGUCUUACAAAUUGGAAAUGUUCGACUUGUGGUAUUGAAAACUUGCAGUGUACGUUAGACUCACAAAGGUAGCGGUUACUGUUGUGCUUCACAACAAGCAUAAUGUCAGACCAGAGGGUUGUGUGACAUCAAGGGCGACAGGUGGAUCAGAUGUGCCCAGUCCCGACAUGUUUCUUGAAUCUAUAGUCAACAUUUUGUGAGCAUUUGGAACCGGGGCAUAAUGUAAAAAUAUUUCACAGUAGUACAUUGUCAAAUUCUAACAGUCAAAUGCAUUUUGAGCUUUCUAAAUUAAAUGGCAGAUUCCUGGGGUGGGACCUUGAUUUUGUUUAAUAAUUAUACCUGUUAAUUAAUUAUCCACUUUUGACUCCCUUUUGAAAACUGUAAUCCAUCUUUUAUGUUAACUGUUUCUUACGACCCUAACACCUGUUUGGUUUGUCCCCUCCACCCACCUUCUCAUAGUCCUGCCUACUUCUGCUGUAGCUAACUGCCUUGCUGCAAAUACAAUGGCAUGUUGUACAAUCCAAUGGCUUGUUAUAUGACACAACAGUAUGUUGUAUAACACAAUGGCAAUGUUGUACAAUCCAAUGGCAUGUUAUAUGACACAACAGUAUGUUGUAUAACACAAUGGCUAUGUUGUACAGUCCAAUGGUCCUGUUCUACAGGUCAAUGGCAGGUUAUACAACAAUCUUGUAUAACACAGUGGUCAUGUUGUACAAUCCUGUAGUCAUGUUCUACAGGUCAAUGGCAGGUUAUACAACAUGAUGGAAUCUUGACAAUGGUCAUGUUGUACCAUACAAUGGCUUUAUUGUUCAAAGCAAUGGCUGUAUUGUACAACACAGUGACUAUAUUGUACAACACAGUGGCUAUAUUGUUCAACACAGUGACUAUAUUGUACAAAGCAAUGGCUAUAUUGUACAACAGUGACUAUAUUGUACGAAGCAAUGGCUAUAUUGUACAACACAGUGACUAUAUUGUACAAAGCAAUGGCUAUAUUGUACAACAUUGUACUUGUAUUAAGUAUUGUUACCUACCAACUUCUAAAAAUACCAAACAGUUGAUGUUGUACAACACAAUGGCUGUGUUGUACCCCCUGUACAGAUUGCUGUGUACUCAAAGUGCUAUGUUGUGGUUGAGUGAGUGUGCUCACUAUGUCUGUGACAAUCAGUUGAAAUGUAAUUAACCAAGAUGACAAAAAAAAACGAGACAAUUUUUUAUCAGCAUUUUUGUGUCUUUUAUACAUUGUUUUUGUGCUGUUUUUGUUUGUGUGAUAAUUUAUCUUUGGCGCUGCAAGAUAAAUAAACUAAUAGUUGUCUUUUCAUACAUGUACUGUGCAGGGAAUUAUGGCUGGAAGUGGCAUGGGGAAAUAGGAUUGUUGUUGGGACAGGGAAAUAAUAAUAAUAAAUGGGGAAAUAGGAUCCUAGGUGGGAAGGAGAAAUAAUAGUAUAUGGGGAAAUAGGAUCCUAGGUUGGAAGGGGAAAUAAUAAUAUAUCAUGAUAUAUGGGGAAAUAGGAACCUAGGUGGGAAGGGGAAAUAAUAAUAUAUCAUGAUAUAUGGGGAAAUAGGAUCCUAGGUGGGAAGGGGAAAUAAUAAUAUAUCAUGAUAUAUGGGGAAAUAGGAUCCUAGGUGGGAAGGGGAAAUAAUAGAAUAUAGGGGAAAUAGGAUCUUUGUCAGGGAGGUGAAAUAAAAGAUGCUGGACAUAAAAUUUGGUUGGGAAAUAUAGCUGUAACUGGCAUGCGGAAAUACUUCCCUUAUAAGGGAGGUGGAAUUUGGAAUUUGCGGAUAUGUUGUUGUCUGCAUGACGAAAUGUCCUAUGGGCUUGUUAUUUAUAUUUUUUUGCAUUGUGAAAAGGAACAUGGGCAUUAUUACAAUCCGCUGUUUGAAUGUUUUAAAGUUUGUUUAUGGGGUGGGCGGGUACCUGCAUUGUAUGGGGUGGGAGAGCUAUAUUCAGGUGUAAUUUAUUAUGUGUGACAAGGCAUACUGAGCGCAAACUGCUCAGUGUGCGUGUGUUUUGUGGACGUUACAGUCACUGUAUUUAUAAACAUGCAUGGAAUUUUGUUACUGGUAGGACAAAUGGAAUUGGGUUUCCACUGAUUAUAUUUGUUCUCAUUCAAGUGUCAUGUUGUUUGCCAUAACAAGGUGGACAUGGGUUGGUUCAUUGUCAUUCAUUGGGCACAGCCUACUUCAACCCUUGGCCAGGUGACAGAGGCGGAGUUGAAUGAUAGUGUUAAUCUCUCUGUGUAUUGUGUUCAGAUAUGCUCUUGGACUAUUUGUGAUACACACGUGAACACCGACCAACUAGUAUUACCACAAUGUGCAUUCACACAAGUAGGACAACAACUGAGGAAACGUGCCAGACAUUACAAUGGAGAGACUUUGUAAGUUGUACAUGGCAUUGAUAUUCUGUAACCAUGGCAACUGUUGAAUUAUUUCCAUUUAGGAAAAGCCGGCAAUGUGUUCACAUUGGGUAGAUUUUAUCCUGCAUUAGGACCACCACUUAUUGCGUUGUCAUUCUACAAGGCCACAUGUUGCUACAUUAAGCUAAAAAAAAUAAUCGUCUUGGUUCUCAGGCACCACCCACAUCAUCAUUUUCAAUUUGCAGAAAAAAAAUAAAAAUUCUAAUACUUUAAAACAAUUUGAUCCAAUAUAGCACGCAGUUACUUCCCUUUACAAGCGCACUGCUUUACUGCGUAUCUCAUGUUAUGGUCAUGGCGGCAAUUGGAGUUUGUACGCUUGUUUAUGUAGGGAGCAAAAGAAAAUCACCUCCAAACCGCACUAUAUUUUCAAAAGUCAUUGCCUGAGAACCAGUUCUUUUAUUUUUUUAAGCAUUAUCGUCCUUGAUUAUUGUAGGCCUAGUGUGUACAGGAGUGGCUGGAAAGACUAGAGUUUAGAUUAUUGAAAGAUCUACAUAGCUUGGUGAAUUAUUAUCAUCACCAAGUCCUUGUUUUGAAUUCACAUUUCUAAAUCAGUGAGACAGAAUGAACAAACACUUAGCCGGUUGUAGUUUAACGACAUUUGAAAGGUGACUUCCACUACAAGUUGUGUUUCUUGUAAAUGUAUAACAAAGCUGAUAGCAUCUCAUUUGCAUAUGUCUCGGGUUGAGGGGAAAACGCAUGUAUCACAUCCAGGAUCAGGUCAAAAUAUUUCUGGAUUUACAAAACAUCCGAGUCUGCACUUCUCCAGCUGGCGUACACUAUGUUCCCCCAGGGAGGGAUGUAGCAGCACACGCUGGAGAACUGUUGACGAAGAUGUGAUGCUAGUACAGAUUUGUGCAGGUAUUCAGAAUGGUAGUGAGUUAUAGAAGACGCCUGUCACUGAAUGUCAGUCUGAAUGCAUCCAAACUCAUUCUGUCACUGAAUGUCAGUCUGAAUAUAUCCAAACUCAUUCUGGCACUGAAACCCUAGUCAGAUUAAGCCAUGAAUUAAAUUUGAAAUUGCGAUAAAUGUCUUUCCUUUAGACUUAGACUUUAGAUAUUUUGUUAAGUAUUCCUUGAUGGAUUCUUAAGACUUAAUUUGGUUCUUGGUGCAAGGCCUGAUGUGGAACUUUGAAAUAGAAGUAGGGUCUUCGUGCUGAGAUUGUAUGACCCACGUUUUGCAGGUUUAUGUUGUGGUAGAUGCUAAAACUGCAUACUUACAAAAUUGUUGCUAGGAGACUAGGGUUAUCCUAUACUAUAACACAGACCAAGUUGUUGCAAUGUUAUAGUAUAGUCUUAUUGCAACAAUGUUUGGUCAUUUUUGUUAUUAUGUAGGAUAUUACAAAUCUUAGUGCUACAACUGUUGUAAGUCUUUGUUUGGUUAGAGGAGUCUUAUCACUACAACUGUUGUACUCUGUUAAUGUAUGAGAGUUACAUUGGCUUAGUGCUAAGAUUACUUUUUUACGAGUAGGCCCCGGGAGGGUCCCUUGCAACAAGCUAUCUUAGCGCUACAGCUGUAAACUCCCAUACUUUACUAUAGGCUUAUGAAUGUCAUACUGCUAAGAUGGUUUGUGGAACAGGUCCAGGGUGUCCUUUAUACCAAGCUAUCUUAGCGCUAAGGUCAUCGUAACUCCCAUACUUUUAAAUGUGAGCCUCGUUAUGGGAAUAUGCAAAUGAGAUGAGAUCUGGGAGUGAGUGAGUGAGUGAGACGUGGAGUAUUAUCGUGUGUGGUUCCUGUUCUAGUCACGAGUACAGAGGUUACAGUGUAUCGCUAUGCAAGUCGUGCGUCACCUCUGCGUGUUUGUUGCAUUUAUACUUGAUGAUCAUUUGACUUGUGUACAUAGUAAUGUCUGUUUUAUCCUCCAUGUUGCUCCUCACAAUUGUACAGUUCUCGUUAAAACAGGACAAUAAAAUCCAUACAGUUUCUA